UGGUGAUGAAACUGAAAGUAAAAGUUCCUGUAGAAAUCCCCGCCUGCAGAGAGGCGCAGUCACACGGCUCAAGAAGGAAAGACGUGAUGGCGUCCGAUUCUAACAAGUUCCCUCUGUGGCUUUUCACCUGCGCGUUUAUCUUCUCUCAUGUGUCACUGGAGUUUUCUUCAGCCUCGCCCCAAACCGAAGAGAAGGUCUCUGUGCGCGUAGUUAAAGGACUGUUCCGCAGCAGGAGGCAGACGUGUGCACAUGGCACCUACGAGCAUGAAGGGAGGACCUGCUGUCUGUGUGGAGUUGGCCUGCGGCUGAAGACUCACUGCCUUGCCAAUCAAAAUCAUGGACAAUGCGAGUCCUGUGAGUCUGGGACGUACAGCAGUCAUGCCACUGCCGAGGAGUCCUGUGAACCCUGCACAUCCUGUGAACACCCCAAUGCGAAUCUAGAGGUGGCUGAAAACUGCACCCAAGCCAAUAACGCUAAAUGCCGAUGUAAAAAAGAUCAUUAUUGCAGCAGUGGACCAGAAACGUGCAAAGUCUGCCACCCUUGCAAAGAAUGUGGCUCUGAGGGUGUCGGAGUUGCCUGUACAGCCACAAACAACACAGUCUGCAAUGCCAUAACUGAAGGGGUAAAUGGUGGAAAAAUAUCUGGAAUAGUUUUUGCAAUCUUAGCGAUUUGUGCUAUAUUAAUUGGAGGUGCACUCUGGUAUCGCAGAAGGAGAAAAUUACAUUCACCACAUCAGCCGUCAUCCCAAACAAACGGCAAUGCAACCGAUGUGGAGCUGCAGCCUCUUAAUGAUAUCCAACUUCACCACGUGCCCGACAUUGCAGCCGUUCUUGGAUGGAAGGAUAUGCAGGAUGUGGCAAUGCGCAGUGGGAUGACAAAAGUUGAAAUUGAUUCUUGUAAACAUGUCGACCCCACGGAUUCUGAGGAGCAGACCCUCCAACUACUAUCGAAAUGGGUGGAGAGGGAGGGAAAGGGUGGGGCAAAACAAUUGACAACACUCCUACGAAAAAGUCGUAAAAAGGAAAAAGCAGAGAGGGUGGAGAAGAUAUUACGAAGUGACAGCACGGCUCCAUCAGAUGCUCCUGUUUGAAUGUAAAUAUUGGAAGCACUUUUUGAAUAUAUUCAGUGCCGUCUAUUGAGCAAAUUAUUAUUGUGUUGAGAUGUUUACAUGAUUGAGCUGAGCUGUAAAUACUGGUUUUACCAUUUUAGUGUUUUUUGGAAAAAAGUAAAUGAGCAGACCCAAGCUUUAUAAAUGCAGAAUUAAGUUUGGGUUUUUGUCAGAUGUCUAGGAUGUACAAUGAUGUUACAGUUAAAACAAAAUCAUUAUUAUCUGCUUCUCAGGUCAAAUAAUAGAGUGGAAGUAAAAAUAACCUUCAAAAUUUUAGAUGUAAUGACCCGAAAUGCACUGAAUCACGCCUGCUGAAUAUAUGAAUGCUGUACAUGCCCUUUGUGUGUGAUGAAUGUGUUACAUUAUUAUUGUGCAAUAAACUGGAAUAAAUAUGGAUUUAAUGUCAAA